GACCAUAGCUUGUUUCCUUUCUAAAGGCUCAGACUUCUCAGUCUACUUUUUUUUACUCUAGGCUCAGAUUUGAGGGAAGUCCUAAGUCACCACCAUUUGGCUUGAAAAGAUGCUAAAGAUUGACUGAUCUGUUAGUGAGUUUUUUCUUAAUUUGUUAGUCCUUCAGUUUCAGUUUCUUUUUCCUUUAAAAGGGAAAAAAUGGCUAAUUGGAGUAAAAAGCAUGAGGAGGUACCCCAGAAACUGAGUAAACAGCUUGCUGUGACUGUGAAAAGCAUCCAAUGGAGCUAUGCAAUUUUCUGGUCUUUUUCAACCAGAGAACAAGGGGUGCUGGAAUGGAGUGCUGGUUAUUACAAUGGAGACAUUAAAACUAGGAAAACAGUCCACUUAAUGGAGCUUAAAGCUGAUAAAAUAGGCUCACAAAGAAGUGAGCAAUUGAGAGAGCUUUACAUGUCUCUCUCGGAAUUUGAAACUGACCAACAAGCUAAAAUGACAUCAUCUGCUGCUGCAUUAUCUCCUGACGAUCUCACUGAUGCAGAGUGGUACUACUUGGUUUGCAUGUCGUUUGUGUUCAAACCUGGUCAAAGUCUUCCAGGCAGAGCAUUAGAAAAGGGACAACCUAUUUGGUUAUGCAAUGCUCAAUAUGCAGAUAACAAUGUAUUUUCUCGCUCUUUACUAGCUAAGAGUGCUUCUAUUCAGACAGUGGUCUGCUUUCCCCAUAUGGAGGGUGUAAUUGAGUUUGGAGUAACAGAUCUGGUGGCAGAGGACCAUAAUCUUCUUCAGCACAUCAAGGCUUCUUUACUAGAUCUUUCAAAACCUGCCUGCUCUGAGAAAUCGUCUCGUCGUUGUCAAAGAACAGAUGAUGGUGGUGGUGGUGGUAAUGAUAAAGACCCAAUGUAUGCCAAGGUUGAACAUGAGAUACUUCACUCAUUUGACUUAGAUAACCAAUUUUCUUCUUCAGAAGAUGAUAAUAGGUCUGAUCAGAGAGAUCCUAAUGAACUAAGUGGAAACCAUGAUCACCAGCCAAAGGGUCUCAAUGGUGAGGCUUCUCAAGUUCAAAGUCUGCAUUUCAUGGAUGAUGAUUUCAGCAAUUGUGUCCAAGGCACCAUGAACUCAGGUGACUACAUAUCUGGGGCUUUUGUCAAACAAGAAAUGGCUCUUCCUUCUUCUCCAAGGCAUGAAAAUCGAAAACACUCCCACUUAAAAGAAACUCAGAAAUACAAUCACACAAAACUGAGAGGCUUGGAUGAUAUGGGAGCAGCUGAGGACUUGCACUACAAAAGAAUUGUUUCUGAUAUUUUGCAAGGUCCAUCAAAAGUGAUCGAACACCUAUGUUUUGGCAAUUAUGAUCGCAAGUCCAGUUUUGCAGCAUGGAAAAGAGGGCAUGACAAUGAUUAUAGGCCAAUGUUACGGCAGGAAAUGUUGAAGAAGAUAUUGUUUACAGUUCCAUUCAUGUUUAAUGAUUCCUCAAUUAAUUCUAAUGAAGACUUAAAAGAUUGGCUUGAAAUCCCCAAAAAAGUUAGCAUUAGACAUGUUGAGUAUGGAUGUGCUGAGACUGACAAAGAAGAAAUCCUCAACUAUACCAUUAAGUACUUGAACGAGCUUGACGCCAGAGUAGAAGAGUUGGAGGCUAAAGCUAGAAAGAAGUACCAGGAAAUGUUGGAGCAGACAUCAGAUAACUAUGACAAUAACAAGAUUGACAAUGAGAGAAACACAUGGUUAAACAAGAGGAAGGCCAAUCAAAUCGAUGAAACGGAACCAGAUCCAAAAAUGGUUGGUCACAAGGAUAAAGAUGAGCCAUUGAACUUGACGGUCAGUGUAAGAGAGCAGGAGGUUUCAGUAUUUAUGAAAUGCCCUUAUAAGGAAUCCAUUUUUCUUAACAUCAUUGGUGCCAUCGACCAUCUUCAUUUAGAUGCUUACUCAGUUCAAUCAUCUACUCUUGAUGGGGUUUUUUCUUUGACCCUUAAAUCCAAGUCUCGAGGUGCGGCCAUUGCACCAGUGUGGAUGAUCAAAGAGGCUCUUUGGCAGGCUUCUAAUAAGUCUUGGCAAUCCAGGCAAAACUAGUCAGCUUUCAUGCAUAGAGUACUCAGCUCUCGUGCCAAAGUUUUAAGUGUUUGUUGACAUGAAAUGGUUGGUAGGAUGAGAAUAAGGAACUAUGCAAAACAUGUUAUAUCCCUUUCUUCACUAAACCUCAUUACCACUACAAGUGAAUUAGUUUCUUUAGUAACUUUUUCAAUGUCUUAAUGUAAUGAGAAACUAAAUCUUGUACCCAAAUUGUUUUUACUACUGUUAUUAAAUAUAAUGCAAUUAUUUUUAAA